AUGACGAAAAAGAGAUCCAACAGUAGUCAACACGAAGAAGAAGAAUCCGUAUCGGAAGAUCAAAUCUUAUUGCUGGAGAAUCAUCAUCUUGGAAAAGAGGAAUUGGCCACUUUGAGGCUGGUGGAAACGACCGACCGAGCAUUGGAAUUGAUCGAUUCGUUAUCCAACGAACCACAACGAUUUGAAGGAGAUGAUCCAGGGGACUUGUUUGACAAAAUGGACGAAAUGAGACAGAGUCUCCAAUCGGCGUGGAAGGAUGUUUUGAACGACAAUGAUGACAAUGAGAACGACACCGACGAUUCGUCCAAUCCAAGGGGAUCCAAGCGAACAAGAGACGGUCCGUCUGAAGAAGAAUAUCGAUCGGCCUAUGUCGAAACCAUGGCGGAAGUCUUGGAAGCACCGUUGGACGCCAUGAGACAACAACACGAGCAAGAUGAACAACAGUCCACAAAUGGUGGAAAGAAAGCAGUUCUUGAUAUGGAUGUAGAUUUGAUAGUGGAAGCGUUGCAGUCAGGGAUCGAUUUGUUGCAUCCAGAAGAAAAGAUGCUCUUUUUGGAAGAACUGCAGGCCAUUGAAAAUGAGGGUGAACAGGACGAUAACGAAGCUACCAAUAAGGGAGAAUCCAUACAUAUGAUGCGCCGAAAAGAACUGGGGUAUGAUGUGUAA